GGCUCCGCCCCCUGCCCCGCCCGCCCCAAACCCUCGGGACAUCUCCGGGUUUCGGGGGCGGAAAUUUUCCGGACGGGACGGUCUGGGGUUAGCGAUGGAACCGGUGGCAUCCUGGGGUCCUGGGUCGGUGGUGGCCUGGCUGAGAGGCCUGGAUGUCCCGGUACAAGAGUACCCCUUUGAGGAGUGGGCCCUAGUGGGGAAUGAUCUGCUUCAACUCUGCCCUCGGAGCCUGAAGGACUUGGGGGUCUGGCAUAUUGGUCAUCAGGAGCUCAUCCUAGAUGGGGUGGAACAACUCCGGACGCUGAGCUCUGGGCUAGAGACUGAGAAUCUCCGGAAGCUAACAGAGCAGCUGCGGGCCCUAACGCACAAGUUGUGCAGCCUUGUCCCAGGCUGCCUUGGAGCCAAUGGGGAACCCGCCCCAGAACUUCUCACUGGAGCCAUCGAGCUAGUCAGGGCAGCUUGGGCCCUUCUCUGCUGGCUCAACAGGUACCUUUUUUCUCAAAUCAAUGACUUCUCCGCCUGCCAGGAAAUCGGGGACUUGUGCAGGGAGCUGGCCCGGGCCUUGCAGGAGGAUUACCCAGUGGAAAAAAAGGAGGCUGAGAUCCUGAAGCUUAGUAAUAACAUUUCGAUCAUCUGUGAUGCCAUUCUGAACUUCAGCCCUGAUCACUUGCUGGAUCAGCUGGCUAUCCUGGAGCUGGUGGAGCUGCGAGCCAGGUGUCCAGAGGAAGCCCUGGGCCUUGAAAUCCUGACCACCAGCAGCUGCCACCACUUUGUGUCUGGAACAACCCCAGAGUCUCCUGCUGACAGCUGUGCCCAGAUCUUGCUUGGAGACGAGAUUGUCCAGGUCAAUGGGCAAGUGGUGGUGGGCUGGCCCCGGGCUAGCUUGAACAGGCAACUGCUGCAGGACCCAGCUCUACUCAGACUUGUGCUGAAGACUGUCCCCGUGCCUAAGAGUGCCCCUCAGAGCCCUUCGGAUAAUUCCUGCUUAAGGAACCAAUCACCAGACUUGGCCUCCCCAUCUCCUAGGACCUCAGAAGAAAAAGCUACUGCUUUCAUCUUUGACCAGUGUCCAGAUCCAAGAUCUCCCACCUCCCCUGAGGCAGGUCCAACUACACCUUUAAGCUUUGGCAAUAUCUGGGGCUCUGACGAGCCUCCUAGCUCCCCGACGGUGGCAGAUCCCAGGCCAGCAGCCCAGCCAGCCUCAGAGGAAACGGAGAAUCAAGGAUCUCCAGAGCCCCCAGACAAGAGUCCUUCCUGUAGUCGGAAGAAGUCAAAAUCCAAAGGGGUGGCGACUCGGCUGAGCCGGAGGCGGGUGUCGUGCCGGGAGUUAGGCCGACCUGAGUGUGAUGGGUGGCUCCUGCUUCGGAAGGUGCCUGGAGGUUUCAUGGGCCCCCGUUGGCGCCGAUGUUGGAUGGUACUGAAGGGUCACACCCUCUACUGGUACCGACAGCCCCAGGAUGAGAAGGCGGAAGGCCUGGUCAAUGUCUCCAACUAUAGCCUGGAGAGUGGUCGGGACCAGAAGAAGAAAUAUGUGUUCCAGCUUACCCAUGACAUGUACAAGCCCUUCAUCUUUGCUGCAGACACCCUGGCUGACUUGAGCAUGUGGGUGAGUCACCUGGUGACCUGCAUCUCCAAGUACCAGUCUCAUAGCCGAACUCCUGCACCCAGAGAGGAAGACUGUUAUAGUGAAACAGAAGCAGAAGACCCAGAUGAGGAGACGGGGUCCCGCUCAGCCUCACCCAACCCAGGAGCCUGGGGCUCUCCCCAUGGAGAUAGCUCCCCCUCAGCCACAACCCCUCAAGGCAGCCCCCGGGUGUCAUAUAGUCCUUCAACAGGCCUUGUUCCUGCUCCACAUAUAUCCCCAGCCUCAGACAGCAGCAAUGAUGGAACUCUGGAGCACCUGGUCCGGGGCCUCCAACAAGGAGGUGUGUCCUUUCUGGGGCGCCCACAUCUGACCCAAGAACAAUGUCGCCGCUCUUUCCUGCGCCGUGCUCGCGACCCCCAGCUCAAUGAGCGGGCCCACCAUGUGCGCUGCCUGCAGAGCACGCUCAAGGCAAAGCUACAGGAGCUGCAGGCCCUCGAUGAGGUGCUGAAUGAUCCCACUUUGACUUCUGAAAAGUUCCAGAGGUGGAAAGAGAAGAACCAAGAAUUACUUUCAGACAGACCUGGAGCUUGGGCUGGGCUGGGAGCUGAAGGGGCCUCCUGCCUUCGGACUCCUAAACCUGAGGAUGGGACUUCCUUUGAGCCCAAAGAACACCUGCCUCCUGACCCCCCAUGCCCAAAGCCACCUGACCUUUGACUCUGGGGAUAGGAGGACAUUUACCUUCUGGUCUCUGACCCAGGGAGUUCUCAACCUUGACUCCAGUGAGUUGUCUACCUACCACCUGACCUCUGAGGCCACCCCCUACAUCUGGGGUCUAGGACAGGCCAGCUGAGGUCCCUAGAGUAGGGCUGAGAACUCCAUCCUUCUCCUUCCAUCCCCAAUUUCCUGACCCUCAGGCUGUUGGGACAAGUGACAAGUCUUUAAUUAUUGCUUCCCAAACCUUUGCCCAAAGUGCUUCUUCUUCCUGCCUUCUUCCCUCCCUCCCUGGGUCCCUAUAAAUGAUCCGAUCUAUUUCUCUGCCACUCUUAACUCGUGACAUGCUGCCUUCUCCUGCCAGAAUUGCCUGGACUGGAGUCAGGGAGAACUGAUCCUUGAAUUAUUUUAGAGCUUAGCCUCAGUUACUCCAAAGAGAGAUAAUGAAGUAGCAGAUGGGGAGAACCUUUUUGGAAGGAGAAUCCAGAGGUUGGGGCAAGGGGAGGCCCAGGGACCGGAUCCCCUAUUCUGGUCAUGUCCAAGGGUGACCAGGGUGUCCUGCACUGCUCAAUGCCUACCUCUCCCCCACCCCACCCCACUGUAUCAGCACAGGUGCACUUCACUUUACAUAAUGGCUGCAUUUCAAAACAUUAAAAUGAAUUUACUCCAAAGUA